AUGUCCUCCUGUCAACGUAGUACUAGAAGAAAAAUUGCCAAUGGCGCAAACCCUUCACCCAUAUCAAAACAGGCCAAACACUUUUCAAAAUUUCUUGGCGAUGAACUCAUCACCUUCCGAGUAGGUGAUAAACUUAAGCCUAUUCAAGUGCACAAAAAUGUCAUUUGCGAAAAGCUGGAAGUUUUCGACGCCAUGCUUCGGGGUAACUUUAGUGAGGCAACCUCCAAGGUUAUAGACUUACCGGAGGAUAACUUCAACGCAUUCGAGUUAUUGGUCGAAUGGUGUUAUACAAAUCGAAUCAAUAUGGCAGAUGAAAACACUUCCUAUUCGUCCGUUAAUACUAGGGUGGAGCUGUAUUGUUUGGCUCAUAAGUAUUGUGCUUUGGUUCUACAAGACUUUGUUACGAACUACCUUAUUACAUGGUUCAGAAUCAAGGACGGACAUGUCAGACUUGUACAGCCCCAAUGGAUUGCACGUAUCGAGGAAACAUUCUCAGCUUCAUAUGAUGAAUUAGGAGGUAUAGAAGAGCUUCCAGGACCUUUGCGUUACUUCAUCCGGUUUUUGAACUCGAUGGUAGUGCUCGCAUCUCAAUCCAAACCCUCGAAGCUGGCAAAGUUGUAUCUCGAACCUUUUCCUCCGGACCAACUGGAACAUUGGGGAAGCUUAUUUCCUGGAGUUCCAGUUGCCAACAAUUAUAAAAUCAACCCAUUGAUUUCGGAACCACAAAUUAUCGAGAAUUGGAACAGUUCAUCAACAACCUGCUGCGAGUAUCAUAACCAUAUAUCUUCGAAAAUCCUUGAAUGUCCAGUUUUCAAGGAGAUCAGAGGAACAGCUAAAUACUCACCUGAUGCUUUUGUAGUCGUCGCAAACUACAAACGAUUAUUAGGAAGCAUGAGAGUAUUGGAGCGCAUUAAGAACAAUCGGAAGGUUACCACAGAACUGCUGCGUCUAACAGAUGAAAUUAAUAUGAAAGGCACGCCUUUUAAUACAGCUCAGGCAAGUGCUGGUAUGCUUGAACUAUUUUAUUUGGGUGUAUUUGCAUUCGAAGAUGACCAAGACGAGUCCCGUACCAUAGAAUUUAAAGAGGGCAUGGGCAUUCAACAACUAUGA